AUGAUAUUCAACAUCGCAUCCCUCGUUGCUGUCGCCCUGGCCACAGCGACCGCCACCUCCUCUGUCGACGCUAAGCCAACCUCGAACGGCAACUGCCAUUUCGACAACCUCCUCGUCUUUGGCGACUCGUACUCGGACAUCGGCAACGUCUACAAACUGUCCAACAAAGCCUGGCCCCUCAAGUUCAAUGACCACGGCCGCUUCACUAACGGACUUGUCUGGUCCGAGCACGUUGCUCGCCACAAGCAUUUGAAGCUGAAGAACUACGCCUUUGGCGGUGCCACAACCGAUUCAAAAUUCGUCCAAGGCUACACCGGUGCCGCAUCCGACCUCGCCGUCCCCGGAUUUAUCCAACAAAUCGACCAAUACUACUCCCCCAAACCCGUCCCCAAAAAGGACCUCGCCUCCUCCCUCUUCGUCGUCAACUUCCAGGGCAACGAUUAUUUCUUUAACCUUGCCGCCUCCCCCACUGCAGUCGUUGCGAAUAUCGAGAGAGGGAUUGAGAAGUUGGUCAAGUUGGGGGCCCAGAACUUUUUGGUGGUCGAGAACUUUGAUUUUGGAAGUAUGCCUUACUUUGGUGGGAAUGCGACGGUGUCGGGAGCGUUCUCGCAGGCUGCCAAGGCGCAGCAGGUGGCGUACAAGGACCUGGAGAAGCGAUUGGCAAAGAAGUAUGGACGCCCUUCGGACGCCAAGCAUCCCUUCCGCGGUGCCUGCCGCAAGAACAACAAGAAGGCCAAGGUGACAUUCGGAUACUACAAGUUGAAUGACUUCUUGAACCACAUUCGCGAGCCCAAAGUUUUGAAGCGUCUCGGAAUCACGGAUGAUGUUCACGGGUGUGUCAGCAAUGACUAUAAAACCGUCUGCAAGGAUGCAGGCAAGUACUUGUUCUGGGAUGCCUUCCACCCUACCGCCAAGGUCCAUAAGGCUCUUGGAGAUGCCAUUACCGAGUUGAUUUAA